UUACUUUUUUUUUUUUUUUUUCAACUGGUUAGCCCCAGUUUAAACUACAAAGUACAAAUACAGGCCUAAAGCCGAACUCCACUUUCUAAACCGUGGAAUCUCCGCUCUCUCUUCGUCAUGGCUGUUCAACGGAGAUCCGAACUGAAUUCAUUCUCACUGCUAUUACUUCUCCUGCAAGUCUGCUUUCUAUGUCUUUCCUGUUCUUCUUCAGUAGCAAUCGCAACUGGGAAUGGAGGUGGUUAUACCAUCAAUGGCAGAGUGAAAAUCCCUGGUCUCAUGGCAAAAGGCUUUGGUCUACCAGUUAAGGCUAACAAUGCCAAAGUCAUACUGAAUGGUGGUCAACAUGUUACCUUUCUAAAGCCUGAUGGUUACUUCUCAUUCCAUAACGUGCCAGCUGGAACCCACCUCAUUGAAGUCGAUGCCAUCGGUUAUUUAUUUUCACCGGUGCGUGUAGAUGUGAGUGCUAGAAACCCAGGGAAGGUUCAAGCAGCACUCACAGAGACCAGAAGAGGUCUGAAUGAGCUGGUUUUUGAGCCACUGAGAGAGGAAAAUUAUUACGAGGUAAGGGAGCCUUUUAAUGUAAUGUCUAUUGUGAAAAGUCCAAUGGGUUUGAUGAUUGGGUUUAUGGUUGUGGUGGUGUUCUUGAUGCCUAAACUAGUUGAGAACAUGGAUCCGGAAGAAAUUAGAAAAGCUCAAGAAGAGAUGAGAAACCAAGGAGUUCCUUCUAUUGCAAAUUUGAUGCCUGGAACCCAAAACAGAUCUCCAUUGUUGUUCACCAUCAGGAUUUGGGAGGAAAUUAUGGAUAGCGGCCCUCCGUUCCACAGGGAGGGCUUGCCAACGACGAUAUCUAAAGCAGAAAAGCAACGUUGGAGAUCAUCAUCGUCAUCAUCAAAAAGUUCUUCUAGACCUUCAAUUCUAUUGGCUUUCUUCUCUUGUCUCGCUUGGCUUUACAUCGCCGGAAGGUUGUGGCAAGAUGCUGAGAACAGAACAUUAUUGGCUAAUCUGCUCAUUAAGAAUUCUUCCCAGAGACCAAAGGUUCUUACUGUUGAAGACAAGCUAAUGGUCCUAGGAUGCAAGGAUUUAGAGAGAAGAAUUGUGGAAACUGAGAUGGAAAUAACACUAGCAAAAAGUCAAGGUUUUCUUAGUAACCAAUUGAAAUCAUCUUCUAACAAAAAGUUUCUUGCUGUGAUUGGCAUUUACACUGGAUUUGGUAACAAAUUAAGAAGAAAUUCUUUCAGAGGAUCAUGGAUGCCUGAAGGUGAUUCCUUAAAGAAGCUUGAAGAAAGAGGAAUAGUCAUACGUUUUAUCAUUGGCAGAAGUCCUAAUCGUGGUGAUAGCUUGGAUCGCAACAUUGAUGAAGAAAAUCGCACAACAAAAGAUUUCUUGAUUCUUGAUGCUCAUGAGGAGGCUGAGGAAGAAUCACCUAAAAAAGCCAAGUUUUUCUUCAGUACAGCUGUCCAAAAUUGGGAUGCUGAGUUUUAUGUAAAAGUUGAUAACAAUAUUAACCUUGAUCUUGAGGGUUUAAUUGAGCUUCUAGAAAGUCGUCAGGGGCAAGAUAGUCUUUACAUUGGAUGCAUGAAAUCCGGUGAAGUAGUUUCUGAAGAAGGAAAGCAAUGGUAUGAACCUGAUUGGUGGAAGUUUGGUGAUGCAAAAUCGUAUUUUCGGCAUGCAGGUGGCUCACUUUAUAUCAUAUCAAGAAAUUUUGCUCAGUAUAUUAACAUUAACAGUGUAUCUUUGAAGACAUAUGCUCAUGAAGAUACAUCAGUUGGUUCAUGGAUGAUGGGGAUACAAGCAACAUACAUAGAUGACACCCGUGUGUGUUGUGGCACUUCUCGACAAGAUAAAGUAUGCUCUUUGGCUUGAUAAAAGGAGGGUUAUAACUUUUUAGGAUUUUUGUUACAUAGUUAGAUGUAGAGAAAAGGUUUAGCAAAUCAUUUUUGGAUGUAGGUUUUGACUACAUGUUUUUAGAAAAAAAAAAAGUUGUUCCUUUUUUAAUAUGGUAAAACUUUUAUAACUUUCUUGAUAGUUUUAGUGCAUUGAAAUCAUGAUUCAUGAGGUUAUACAUCAUCUCUCUAAAAAGUCAUUCGUUUUCUUAUUAUGAUGUCUCUUUGGAUAAAGUUGUACUUUACAAAGUUAUAAAUAAAGUAUGUAUCUUUUCUAAACCGAAUAAACGCCUGAUAUGAGAGGAAAAAGCAAUGCAAAUAGGU